CCGACGCGGUUGUCGGCUCUGCGCGCGCGUCCCUCCUUCCUCGAUCCUUGGCCCCUUGAAAUCGUUAACGCGCGUUGUCCAAAAAUACCAAAAGGAACCCACGCGCGGAUACUUGAUACGCGAGGAAAUGACUCGUGCUCGACCGCUGCCGAUGUCGCCGCGACUGCAUCACCAACCGAUCGACCACCAAGCCGAUACGCCGCUCUGACUCGCCGCCCUUUCUCGAGGACUACCGCCCCUCAACUCUAUCGACACGGAAUGAUCGAUUGGGAGAGGACACUUUUUGCGGUACUACUGGCUUUGCUGAUUUAUCCUCGCGAUAAUUUAGGAGGAGCCUUUCAGCCGGAAUUCACGAAGCCCCUGUCAAAUUUGACGGUGCCGCUCGGCAGGGACGCAGUUUUCACGUGCCACGUCGAACACUUGGGCGGCUACAAGGUGGGCUGGGUGAAGGUAGACACCAAGGCGAUCCAGGCGAUCCACGAGCGCGUGAUAACCCACAACCCGCGAGUCUCGGUAUUUCACGGCGACCACACGGCUUGGAACCUCCGCAUCAAGGGCGUACAGAAGGAGGAUGAGGGCCUCUACAUGUGCCAGAUCAACACGGACCCGAUGAACAGCCAGACGGGCAUGCUGACGGUCGAGGUGCCCCCCGACUUCAUCCCCGGCGAGACGUCGGGCGACAUGGUUGUUGCCGAAGGACGACACGCGCAUCUGCGCUGCCGAGCCACGGGCAUCCCUCCCCCGCGAGUCAGCUGGCGCAGGGAGGAUCAAAAGGAAAUAAUUAUUCGGGAGCCGAGUCACGAUAAAUCACCGAGCUCCAAUGAAAAGUUUCGAGUUAGCCGAGUCUUCGAGUACGUCAGUGAGGACCUCAAUCUGACAAAGAUCAAACGAGAGGAGAUGGGCGUCUACAAUUGCAUAGCGAGCAACGGGGUGCCCCCCAGCAUCAGCAAACGCAUCACCGUCGACGUGCACUUUCAGCCGGAAAUACAAGUGCCGAAUCAACUGGUCGGCGCGCCCCUUGGGACCGACGUCGUCCUCGAAUGCAUUGUCCAGGCCUUUCCGCAAUCAAUUAACUUCUGGCGAAACAAUAACAAUACGAUGAUCAUAUCGAGCGGCCGGCACGAGGUGCAGGUGGUGGCCAAGGCGCCGGCCAAGGCCCACGGCUCGUCCCAUCCGAGCUUCAAGCUGAAAAUGCUGCUGACCAUACACAAUUUCACGAAACAGGACGUCGGCAACUACAAGUGCGCCGCCAAAAAUUCCAACGGGGAAAACGAGGGCAGCAUACGGCUGUACGACAUAACGAGCGUCGUGAAGCAAAAGUCACCGGGGGAGUAUUCGCACGUCGAGCACCAGUCGGGUGGCUUCAGCGGCGAGUACGGCAACAACAACUCGUCCAUGAAGAUCGAGCGCUGGGACACGUUGGACAACAAUGCGGUCAUGGACCCAAACACCAAAGCCCCGGUGAAUGGUAACUCGGGGACAAAACGGCCACGGGUGAUAAGGCGCCACCCCAACCACCAGCACUCGCUGGCCAGCGGUUCGUGUUGCAAGGCCCUCCUGGCAAGUCUGCUGCCGCUUUUGCUCUACUGCAGGUGAUCACGGUAAU